AACAAAAAAUAAACAAAACAAACUGAACUGACAACUCAACUCAAUUACUCAAGCCGGUUGGUUGAUAUGUUGGAUAGAGUGGAAAGUUAAAAUAGUCCCGUUAUUAACUCUGUUACUAAUACACUAAUUUCGUUCCAAUUUAUAAAUUAUUACAAUCGAUUCUUGUUUAAAAGAUGGAGGACAAAGUUGAUGGAGUGACAAUUUUUGUGUUAAGUUUUUAUGGUCCGAUUCUGACAGCAAUAUUAAUUUUGUUUGUAUUUUUGCUGUUUUAUGUUAUGAAGUUUCAAUCAUCAUUGAAGAAUGAUUCUUUUACAGGCCAACAUGUGGUGGUUACAGGAGGUUCUAGCGGAAUUGGGAAAAGUGUAGCUAUUCAAGCAGCAGCAAGAGGUGCUAAUGUUACCAUAAUUGCUCGAGAUCCAAAUAAGCUGAGAUCUGCUAAAGAAGAGAUUUCUCAGUCCUGUUCGUCAUCUUUACAGCGAAUUGUUACCAUUUCAUUGGAUGUAACCAGUGAUGCUGAGCUGGUGGCAAAAUCUCUCGCGGAAGUGGAAGAAGCAUCAGGACCAAUCUACAUGCUGAUCAAUUGUGCGGGACAAGCUGUGUGUGGAAAAAUCGAAGACACUCCUAUAAAUGACUUUAAAUACAUGAUGGACCUGAACUACUAUGGCACUGUGUACCCGACUAGAGCAGUUCUGCCAGGAAUGAAGGCACGAGGCAAAGGUCACAUUGUUAUAACUUCGUCUCAAGCUGGUAUGCUCGGGAUUUAUGGUCUUGCAGCUUAUAGUGCUUCCAAGUAUGCUCUGAGAGGAUUUGCUGAGUCGUUAGAUAUGGAGGUACGUCCAUAUGGUCUGCGAGUGACGGUUUGCCUGCCUCCUGACACUGACACACCAGGGUUCGAAAUAGAAGAGAAGAAUAAGCCGAUGGAAACCCGCCUCAUCUCCCAAACUUCAGGUCUCCUAUCACCGGAAGUCGUGGCUUCACAGCUACUUAGCGAUGCAGUUGCUGGUAAGUUCUUCAGUACAGUGGGUUUUGAAGGAUUUAUGCUCACUACUGUCUGCGCAGGGAUGUCUCCCGUCACGUCUGUUGUUGAUCUCCUAUCUCAGGUAAGGUAUUCCUAAAGUUUUACUAGGCUA